UAGAAGCAACGUCGAUCGGCAACGCAUCCACAUUCAGACCAACGAUGAAGACAGCCUUCGUACUUCUGGCACUGCUGGGCGCGGCAGUCGCCAUUGACUUCCCUGGCGACGUCGGCAUCCGGCAAGGCGGUAACUUCGCCUACCAGUACGGAAGCGGCGACGAUGGCAACGUUGGCUACGUCGUCGAGCUGCCCGACGGACGGCGCUUCGUUGUCGGCGGCGAUGGAUCCGGAUCCGGUCAGACUCGCGUCAUCAGGGUUGUCGACGCAAGCGGCGCCGGAACCGGCUUCACAUCCGGCGGGUCCUUCACCGGUGGCUCCCUCUCCGGCGGCUCCGUCUCCGGCGGUCGUUUCUCCAACGCCGGUAGCGUCAGCGCCGUCGGCAGCGGAUCCAGCCGACGCUUCGUCAGCGGCGGCAGUGGACGUCGAUUCCAAGUCGGCGGCCUCGUCAGCGGCGGCAGCGGACGUCGAUUCCAAGGUAGCGUCGGCGGCCUCGUCAGCGGCGGCAGCGGACGUCGAUUCCAAGGUAGCGUCGGCGGCCUUGUCGGCGGCGGCGGCACGCGCACCGUCGUCACGAGGUUCCAACAGCCGUCAGUCGUCGCCGUCCGAGCGACCGGCGUCGGCAACUUCGGCAGCGGCGCCACCGAGCAGCCAGCGUUCUUCACGACGACGCGAUACGGACCGAUCACUAGCGGAGGCAUCCGCGGCUCCGGCGACAGAGAGGCGACGUUGUCGUUCAGCAGGACAGGUAGCGCCACCGGCAACCUCGUCAGCAAGGACACGGCCGACGCGAGCGAGUCGGCGGCGAAGAAUAGAGGAUACGUCUACAGAUACAGGGAGGGACACGAGUACACGCAGCCCAGAACCCUCUACAACUACGAUAUUGAGGAGCCGAUCUGGGGCUUCGGUGACGUCGACAUCCAGUACAAUGGCGAGUAAGAUGGACAUGCGACCCACCAGAGGUCGCCCUAUCGCAGACGAAUUCAACGUGCAUGGCGAUGGUUGAACCUCGAUAGUAGCCAUUUAGAAAAGAACCGUAGAAACUAACUUUACAUUGUCGUAAUAACAUAUAUAUAUAUCGUGUAUUCUUGAAAUGGCCUUGUGGAAGACACAGUUGCAGUAAGUAAAAUAUGUGCAUGAUUUCAUAUACUUCGUUAUGUAUUAUUAUAUACUGUUACUUGGUAUUCUUUCGUUGCUGAGGUCAACAGUGUAUUAAUAUUAUCUGGAGUGAAUAAUAUUAGAUAGAUAUAGAUAAAUAAUAUCUAUUAUUAUUCACUCCUGAUAUCAUGUUGAUACAGUUUAAUACUAUAUCAAAAUUAAACUCACAUUAAACAAUUUCUUCUGGAAACUGAGAAAACUCAGCAGGCAAGCAGGUGAGAGAAACGUAACCGAGUACAGAAGACAUUUGAAUACCGGGGGAAAAGACAUAAUUCAGCCCCAACACAACGUUAACAUGAACACCACGAAAUGGAUUUCCAUAUAUUUUAUUGGAUAACUGUUAAUACACGGAACGAUAGAAAAUAAUUAUACAAAAUAUUAUGACGUGCAUAUAUUAACAGGCUCGCGCAGAAUCUAUUAACAACAA